UACUAACCGCUGAACUUUGAAGCUUGAAUUGACGCGCAAUACAGUAUUUCAUGUCCAACAGCACCAAACCACGUGUGGACGAUGAGGACGACGUCGAUGAUCUCGACGAUCAAUUUACCUCCGUCCAAGGCCCCCGCAUCCGGUUUAUCCCAACCAUCGACGUCAUCGCCUGCUGUAAAUGAAUCAGCAUCAUCGAAACAAACGCCGUCUUCGUCAAGUGCUGACUUUGAAGCUGAUUUUGCGAAAUCGCUUGCUGAAGACAUGGAGGUUCUUUGGCGUGGUUUUGCACAGCAGGGAGUGAACGAGGGUUCAAGCAAUGAAGACGAGACUUCGGAACAACGAGAAGAGCGGGAGCGGAGCAUUGCGGCGGCUUGGGAAGCUAUGUUGAUAGAAGGGAUGGAUGGCGCGAUCGACCCGUCACUCACACAGGGAGUACCUAUUGCCUCAAAAACUGGGGAAAAGGACGACUUUCAAUCACGCAUCCGAAACACUAUGAACAAGCUCAAGGAGAGCGAGUCAGGCUUGAAGUCGUCAGAUCCGAGCAGUUCUGCUACCAGUGCUGAUCCACUCGAGGCGCUUUUAUCUCAACUCGGAGACGAGGAUGAAGAAGACAUGCAGGGUGUCUUGGAAGCUAUGAUGGGUCAGCUUAUGGGAAAGGAUGUCCUGUACGAGCCAUUGAAAGAACUCUCCGACAAGUUCCCGGACUACCUCAAGGCUAAUGCAACUACAUUAACGUCCGAUGAUAAGUCACGUUACGAUGCACAGAUUAUCUGCAUGAAGCAACUCCUCGAAAUUUUUGAAUCGAAAGAUUACGCUGACGACGACGACAAGACGAGAAUAAAAAUCAUCGACCUCAUGGGCGAGCUCCAGAAACACGGGUCUCCCCCGGAGGAAAUUAUGGGCCCAUUGCCCUCCGGAAUGAGCAUGGGUGCUGACGGUAUGCCAAAUAUUCCUGAUAACUGUAUUAUCAGUUGAAUGCGUAUCGGCGGAGGGAAUGAAUAACUUUAAGCGAAUACCUGAGCUUGUAGGCUAUAUCAACGAUGCUGAUCUAGUUUCUUUCGUAGAAUUCAUCACUUGCCUGUGAUACGGAAUCAGGCAUCAGCUUUGUAUGCCCCCAUGGGUUUCAGAUUUUGUAUCUGCUACAUCAACGAUGCGUUAAUCUUUCUAUUUUGCUACUUUCUCUGGAGCAGACGAGGAAUCCUCGAGAGAUGUAUACAAGGUUCUGAUCUUGGUCCACGUUAGUUCGAUCUCCCGUGGAACAUUCGCCCUCUGAUACUAUAUCUAU